AAGUUGUGUUCGAAUAGCUUGUUAUGAUAAUAUACUGGUUUUGUUAUCGAAUUUCUCAACUAUGAUCAGUGACCGGGAGUGAUGCUUUGUGCGUGAUUGUUUUGUUAAGAGACGAAGCACAACGAACAGUGCCAGCUUUUGGCAGCUUAGUGAACAUAAUCGUCCUGUCGACAGUGGAACUAAGGCGGAUAUGCCUUACGCCAAUCAGCCACGGGUUACAAUUACAGAUAUGACGAAUGAAAAUGUAAAGUUCGUCCUUGAAGACACAGAUCUUAGCGUGGCAAACAGUUUACGUCGAGUUAUGAUCGCAGAAACUCCUACAAUGGCCAUUGAUUGGGUCCAGCUCGAAGCUAACUCUUCUGUGCUUCAUGACGAAUUUAUAGCGCAUCGGCUUGGCCUUAUUCCGCUUACUUCAGAAGAAAUCGUCGAACACAUGCAGUAUAACAGGGACUGCUCAUGUGUGGACUUCUGCACUGAAUGCAGCGUGGAGUUCCUACUCGAUGUGAAGUGUACAGAUGACGCUACCCGACACGUAACAACGGCAGAUCUGAAAAGUGCCGACGCCCGUUGUGUUCCGGUGACCUCACGACGACGGGAUGAUUCAGCUGAUUAUGGACAGGAAGAAGAUAUCCUUAUUGUCAAGCUUCGAAAAGGCCAAGAGGUGAAGGCCACAUGUUAUGCUCGCAAAGGUUUCGGUAAAGAGCACGCCAAAUGGAAUCCCACGUGCGGAGUUGCGUUCGAGUACGACCCAGAUAACCGCUUCCGUCAUACGACGUACCCAAAACCAGAUGAGUGGCCCCGUUCGGAAUACUCCGAGAUUCCAGAGGAUGAAAACACCUCCCAGGCCGAAUAUGAUCCUGAAGGAAAACCGUCAAAGUUUUUCUUCAACGUCGAGUCAUCUGGCGCACUAAAACCCGAAACGAUCGUGAUGAGCGGGGUAAAACAGCUAAAGAAAAAACUAUCUGAUUUGCUUACUCAGCUAGUUCAGGAAGCACCAGCUGCUGAUCCACUCAACAUUGUUUAGAUUAUCAUACACUUGUUCCUGAUAAGACAAGAGGCUGGCUGUGCUAGCCUUCGUUUAUUAUAGAUAUAUAUUCAAAUGUAAAACAAUGUAGGCAAGACCUUACGGGUAAAGGGCUUGUGUUCUGUUUACCAAUUUCAUGUAUAUGUGAGAAUAUUCAUAAUAUAGACGGGUAUUAACAUGCAGACUUUUCAUUAUUGUCACUACUUAUUCAUAGAGAAAAUUAGCGAACUGCGUUUUCAACUGGUAUUUGUUAGUCUGUUAACAAAAUUGUUUGUUUAUUUGGCCACGAAUCUGCUAUAACCGGCAUACAGACAUUUUUAAUUUCCAAUAGAGGUGGUUGUAAAAGGGUUCACCAGCGUGACAGGUUUACGGUAAUUUUCGCUCAGAUACACAUCUUUUUAACAAUAGUAACUUCUCUAUGAAUAAUUCUUCAGAAUAGUAUUUGUUGUUUGCCUUAUUAUUGCUACCAUCUCCUUAUUCGAAAUUUUUCAUCCAUAUCCCUACAUUAAAAACGUGCAAUUAAAUCAUUAUUACUAAAUUUAAAUUAUCUUCAAAUUCUUUAAUAUUUUAGAGCGAAAACUUGAGUGAAACAAGAUUGGGUCUUAUUAAUAACAAUUCGGUUUAGCCCGACAGCUUAAGGGACUGUUCUAAGUUGCGGCAGUUAAUUUUCAAGUUUGCUGAUUUUACGGCAAGAGAGUAGUUAUUUGUUUUAAUGACUAAAAACAUAUAUUAUUCUGUAUACACAAACAUCUUAUCAAACGUGUUCUAAAACAUACUGUGUUGAUUAAUAGUUGAUUUUGUUUUUAUCAGUAAAAAGACAUUAUUGUAUAUAUAUAUAUAUAUAUAGACAUAUAUACAUCUUCGCGUAUCACCUGUGGGUAUUUAUAUGCAUAUAAUUGACUAGUUUUACAGCUGAAUUCGUUAUGUUUCAUUCAAACAACGACUGAAUGCCCGUCAUCGUAGUGUUAUUUUUUACCUCGCUUUUAUCGCUUUUUUUGACAAUUUCGUAAUGCAGUUAACUGUAACACAGUAAGCAGAAAGCUAAGAUGUAGGCAUUUUCAUGGUGAUUUCAAUGACAAGAAAAUCCUGUAGAACAUUAGCAUGAUGUUGAACAUGACGAAGAGAGAGGCAUAUAAAUUACAUAGGCGACAGCAAAACCCUACGCUCAGGAAUAGAAAUAUGGAUCUCUGCAGUGGCCAGUAGUUGUUGCCCGAUUGUAUGGAGCAUAUCUUAUGAGAUCAUAUUAAAUAGCACGUAAGUCUUCAAAAUACUGCGAAAGAAAGAGAAGCGCAAUAGAAAAUGUACUUCGUUUUUAGUUACUUGUCAUGAGCCCAUAUCACACGUGUUGGGCAUAUGAUGGUAAAGGAAAAUAUGCCUUGUUACCUAUUUUCUAGUUUUCCCAAACAAAAAAGAAAAUUGAGUUUGUACGUCGUCGUGGUUGUCUUGACGAUCAAACGUUGGGUAACUAAAGCGCAUAGUCCAUCGUUCAAACCUUAAGUUAUACACGCUUCAACAUGCAACAGAAAGUGUUUAAAAUAUGUACUUACGGCCAAGCAUCUACAACUUCAUAUGUCGAUUAUGUAUAAUCUAAAUUGUUUUGCAAAACAAGAUUACAAAAAUAUUUCGUGCAAAUGCAUCAAUAUGGCAGGUUUUGACAAGCUAUCAAGAUAUGUCAAACAUGUACUGCUCACUCGCUUUUGAGACCGUUCUAAGACGUCAUGUUCUCGAACUUCAUGUCCGUCCGAUGGAAUGGUAUGUAAAACGUACAGAAAGUUCUUCAAUCAACAACCUAUACCACACCCUUCUAUACAAGUUAAGAUUAUUGAGGUCAUAUUUACGGAUAUAAAGGUAUAUAUAUAAUACAUUGUUACAAUUAUCGUUACUCGUUGCGUUUGACACGUUUUCUGGUAUUAGGUAGGCUUCCUUACUGCUUAAGUGGAAUUGACGUGAUAUUUAGAUAUGCGCUCCUGUUGGCCUUCCUUCUCCAGUAUCCAGAGGUUACUAAUAGGCCGGCGUUAAAGGACAAAAACUGCUAGUAAGACAGGCCGCUAUCUUUAA